CUGAGGCUUGCGGUCAUUGCUGGCCAGUGCUCGUGUAGGAAGAUCGCUCACCAGAUCUCACUUCUGAUCCGCCCAGCUCCUGGGUCUCGGGCUUCGGCUUUGUGCCGAGGCACCAACACACGUACCGUCCUCUCUCCGACUGAUCGCUGACCUCCCCGUUCCGCUCCUGUCUCCUGGAACCAUGUCUCUGGUAAGCAAGAAUGCGCGCCACGGCAGCGCAGAGACCACGGCAGAUUACAGCGACGGCCUGGGCGAAAUGCAGGCUACUAACGCCUCUGGGCUCCCCAUCUCCAUGCUAGUCCCUGAUGGCCCCCAGGGCCUUCGGGCGCCAAUCAACCCUCAGGGUGCCAGUGCUUCCCAGGCUGCUCAGCACCCGAAUGACCUCGAGGUCCUGAUCGACGAGCAGUCCCGACGUUUGGGGGCGCUCAGGGUCCACGACCCUCUAGAAGACAGGUCAAUUGCUUUGGUGAAUUUCAUGCGAAUGAAAAGCCAAACUGAGGGGUCUAUCCAGCAGUCAGAGAUGCUGGAGUUUCUCAGAGAAUACUCAGAUCAGUUCCCUGAGAUACUCAGACGAGCUUCAGCUUACCUGGAGCGGGUCUUUGGGUUGAACCUGAGGGUUCUUGAUCCCCAGGCUGAAACCUACAACUUAGUCAGCAAGCGGGGUUCUCAGACUACGGAUCGGAUAGCAGAGUCCCUGGACAUGCCUAAGGCAGGUCUCCUGGCCCUGGUCCUAGGUCACAUCCUCUUGAAUGGCAACCGGGCAAGAGAGGCCUCCAUUUGGGACCUGCUGCUAAAAGUUGAUAUGUUGGAUGAGCCUCAGCGGAUCAACAACCUUUAUGGGAACACAAGGAACCUCCUUACUACUGACUUUGUGCGUAUGCGAUUCUUGGAGUACUGGCCAGUAUAUGGCACUAAUCCCCUUGAAUUUGAGUUCUUGUGGGGCUCUAGAGCCCACAGGGAAAUCACAAAGAUGGAAGCCCUGAAGUUUGUGGCAGAGGCCCAUGAUGAAGAACCCUGGAGCUGGCCAGAAGAAUAUAACAAGGCCAUGGAGGCUGACAAGGCCAAAGAAAGAAGCCAGGCUGCUGGCUUAGAGUUCUGGUCUGAGGACGCUAUGAAUGAUAAGGCAAAUGAUUUGGUACAAUUAGCCAUUAAUGUCACUGAGGAAUUGCUGCCUAUACAUCAGGAUGAACUAUUGGCUCACACUGGCAAAGAAUUCGAGGAUGUGUUCCCAAAUAUCCUCAGUCGAGCUACGCUAAUCCUUGAUCUGUUCUAUGGGUUUUCUCUGAUUGAGGUUGAUACCAGUGAGCACAUCUACCUCCUUGUCCAGCAACCAGAAUCAGAAGAAGAGCAAGUGAUGCUAGAGAGCCUGGGGAGACCCACUCAAGAAUAUGUGAUGCCGAUCCUAGGUUUGAUCUUCCUGAUGGGCAACCGUGUCAAAGAAGCCAGCGUCUGGAACUUGCUUCGGAGAUUUAGUGUGGAUGUAGGGAGAAAGCAUGCCAUCACCUGUAAGCUUAUGAGACAGCGCUACCUGGAAUGCAGGCCGCUGUCCUACUCUAAUCCAGUUGAAUAUGAGCUUCUGUGGGGUCCUCGAGCUCACCUUGAAACCACCAAAAUGAAAGCCUUGGAGUACAUGGCCAGGCUCUACAGAAAGCGACCACAGGAUUGGCCAGAGCAAUAUAGGGAGGCUAUGGAAGAUGAGGAGGCCAGAGCCAGAUCUGAGGCAACUGCCAUGUUCUUCUUUGGCCCCAUGUGAAGUCUUGGGAAGAUGUAUCACUUCAGUUGAAUGGCAUCAGUUAGAAGGGCCUUGAGAAAAUAGGCACUGGGACCCCAAAUCAGAAGUCUGGAAGGGUUGGGGUGGGGAGUACACACUGUGCUUGCUAUCUGUGUUCCAGUUCUAAUAGUAUUUCCUUCCUUUUAAUAUACCUCUGAAUUGGGUUUAUAAUCAAUGUUUAUAAAUGAAAUUGCUCAUUUGACAUCCCUGUCUUGUUUCAGUAUAAAAGUUCAGAUAGCUGUGUAAAAUGUAUUGGUAAUAUUUACAUCUUUGAAAUAAUCAGUAAAAUGAUCUGAUACUGGACUUAAUUUACAAUAACAACACACACACACACAACAAAAACAAACACAAAGUUACUGAUCUGUGGUUUCCCUCCCUUUGUGUCUUCUGCAGUGUAUA